GGGCUGCACGGUGAAAACCUAAUCCCCAAUCCCAGCCCGUCCUCGAGCCCCACAUUCCCUCCCCUCCCCUUUCGCGUCGUCGCCGCCGCCUUUCCCUGCUCUCCAGUCUCCGCCACCACCACGCCCCUUGCUUCCCCUUCGCUUUUAUCCUCCUCUCGAUCCGGCGCUGGCACACACGGUGGUUAUGGAUGGGCCGUUGGUUGCCUUCAUGGGAGAGUGCGGCCUUUGAGGUCUUCAGCGUGGGUGUGGAGGAGCGGGAAGAGGUGAGGAGGAUGACAACAUGGGAAAAAAGCAGCCAGAUCAAAGCUCCCGUCGCCGCUCACGUUGCCAAGGAGUGGAGGGCCGCAGUUGGCCGCAUCACAGACAAGCGAGGACAAGGACAACGCCUGGAUUCGGCGAUGGCAUCAUCCAUCAUGAGAGGCCUGGGCCUCCUCCACGGACAAGGCGGCGGCGGACAACGCCUGGAUUCGGCGAUGGCAUCAUCCAUCAUGAGAGGCCUGGGCUUCCUCCACGGCCAAGGCGGCGGCGAUCUGAGCACCAGUUCAAGUUUUCUGAAGAAAAGCUUCAGGCUUCUGCAGUUUUCAUUCUUCACGGCGCAGAGGUUACAGAGGUCAGAUGAUGUGUGCAAGGAAGGAAAGAUGCAGACAAGCAACGCCGAAGACGUCUUCAAAGCGCUUGAUGAGAUUGAGUUCCCAGAGUUGGUAGAGCCCCUGAGGACUGCAUUGGAUGAAGCAAAGGCAGUCUGGAGCAAAACAGAGGAAACUAGAUACAGAGCCAAUGCUGUAGAGCAAAAUGAUCGAGCAAACGAAGCCAACGCGGAUGACGAUUAACUGCUCUAACCUUGUGGAAUGACACAAUCAAUCCAACUGUUACCUUUGGGGUGCUUUUUGGAUGGACUAAUCUGAAGAUGUUGGCUAGCUUGCACCGCCAUCAUAUAAUCUAGAAGCAAGGGCAAGGAUUAUAGGGAAAAUAAAGGUACAAUGCUCCCAGUAUAUUUUACUUUUUGGCAAAGUUUUGGUGCUUGCGCAAGAAAGUAACACCAUCAUUAUAGGCUUAUUUUAUUUUAUCUUAGUUCAUGCACUAAUGCAUAAAUCUUUUGGUAUUGCCCUUAUUAUUUAGUCUAGAGCUAUGCAAUGACAACCAUGGCUUUAGUGUUCAGGUGAGUUCCAUUUAUAGAGUGAAGAACCCUUGGCAUCUUAUCUAAAUUCUUUGAUCCUAGAUAUUGUGUAUACCCAGUUAAGUACCUUAUACCAGUACCUUAAUUAGCCUCUUCUGACUAUUGAUUGUUUGAACUGUUGUAGUAGGACUCAGACUUUCAAUGUUAUUAGGCUUGUGGACAUGUUUUUAUUUUAGAUUGUUCAGUAUUGGGUUCUUUUGGCUUCUGGUUGCUGCUGCACAAAAAGUACACUAAACUCAGAUGAUGCAUGAAAAAAACUGCAGACCUAACAUAGUUUUUGUAUUCUGAUUUUUU